CAGAUUGCAGCUCAAAUGCCUGCCUCGACUCGCUCGAAGCGCGUCACCGCGCCAUCGCCCGACGCGAAUAGCGGCAAGACGAAGAAGGUCCAGACCCGCAGCAGCAAAGUGCGCUACAAUGGCUGGGAAGUCCCGAGCCACAACUACGAGCUCGACGUCAUUGACACAGCGAGCGUCACGCCCGAGCGCUUCUACGCCGAGUACGUGGCGACGCGCCGGCCCGUCGUGCUCCGUGGCUUCAUCGCAGACCCGUCGUUCAGUGCGCCAGCCAAGUGGACCAACGAGUACUUGAAGGCCACUGCGGGCGAUGCACCGCUCAUGGUCGAGGAGCGCAGCUCGCCGUCCGACUCGUUUGGCAAGGGCAACGAGGUGCCCAUGACGUUUCGUGCCUUCUUGGACCUCCUCGAGCAGCGCGACAUGCUGCACUACCUCACGACGCAGGACGUCGAGGCCGACCCCGAGACCGGUCGCCCCGGUCUCAUGGCGCCGUUCAUUGCGCAGCUCGCCCACGACUUUCCGCUGACUCCAUCGCUCCUCGGGCACCUCGUGCCGCAAAACAUCAACGUCUGGAUGGGUAAUGCGGUCGACGGCUCGACGACCGGGCUGCACCACGACUACCACGACAACUUGUACAUUCUGCUGCGCGGGAAGAAGCACUUUCGCCUCUACGCGCCGUCGGACGUCGAAGCCAUGUACACGCGCGGCUCGCUUUUGCAAGUGCACGAGAACGGCCGCAUCAACUACGAGGGCGAGCCCACGACUGCGUACGGCGCCGACCCGCUCUCGGAGCAAGCUGCCAUCGUCGCCAAGACGCAGCGCGACGCCGAGGCGGAGCUCGAAGCCGCGGAAGCCGACCUGGAAAAUGGCGUCGACGGCGCGGCUGAGCGUGUGGAGGCUGCAGAGGCCAAGCUGGAAGCCGCCAUGGAAGCUGCCAUGGAUGUCGAAUGGGAUGAGAACGAUAAGGAUGGCGACGACGAGGAUGAGGACGAAGAGACGGGCGAGGAUGAGGAGACGGGCGAGGAUGCGGAGGACGUGUUUGAAGAUGACCUUGUCGCGCGCCGUGUCGUCGACAAGACGGUCCAAUUCCCCAUCAACUUUAGCCGCGUCAAGACGUCGCGCCCCGCGGCUGAGCUCGCGGCCGAGUUUCCACUCUUUGCCAGCGCCAAGGCGACAACGUGCGAACUUGGCGUCGGCGAUAUGCUGUACCUUCCGGCCUCGUGGUUCCACGAAGUGACGUCGUUUACGGUGGACGGUGCGUCGGACAAGGGCCACCUCGCGCUCAACUACUGGUACCACCCACCGGACGUCACGACUGCGUUCUCAUCGCCGUACUCGAGCUCGUUCUGGCCCGACGACUUUGCGGCGCGCGGCCUCGCGAAGGCAGACGACUAAGAUCUGCUUGUACUUGAUUCGAUGUGCGUUGCGGGCGAGACUUCUUCUGUCGAGCUCUUCGCAUUGGGUUGUGCG